CCGAGAGUCCAACAUGAAGUUCAUGAGGCACGGUUUAUGACAGUCUCGGAAGGGGAGGUCGCGCGCACGCAUAGCAUUGAUAAGGGAAGGAAGGGACGUCGAGGAGGGUAUCGAUGUGAAGGGGCGGCUCUCUACUGCCAGCGCAAGAUCACGGUCAUCUAACGCAGGCCUUUCUCUUCAUUAUCGCUACGGAUCCUCAGUGCCGCUCACUAUUCCUCUUCUUGUUCUUUCGUCUUGCGCUGUGAAACUGCUCCUGCACCGCUACUACUCCGCUACUACUCCGCUACUGUUGACCGCUGUCGCCUACCCACUACUAUCAUGAUGUCCUCAGCCAUGUCACGGUCCACAGUCACCCCUUCCACAGCUUCCAAAUCCAAGUCUGCCUGGCGCAGCGCUCGGACCGCAAACCACAUCCCCUCAUCCCAGCCCCGGUCAUCCACAUCAUUCUGGAGCCCCAGCGCAUCUCCUCGAACGCCAAUGCCGACGAAAUACACUCCCGUUCCCGCGCCGAAGAAGUCCAGCGCUCCGUUACCUGUCCAGCAUACUCUCAGGCGCUCGGAUACGAAGUCGUCGCUUACGGUCGGGGGAACGGCGAAGGGAAGGCCGAGGGGCGCGAGCGUCAGUACUACGGGGAGGGUCGGCCGUGGUCGUGGGGCUGGGGUGCAUGUAGGCCAUAGUACCGCGGGUGAGAGGAUUAGAGUCGAGUCGAGUCCGGACCCUAGUGCGUUCGAGGAGUGGAUGAAGGCGUACGCGAGCACGGAUAUGAGUGACGGGUUCGGUACCGGGAAAGGGUUCGGGACAGACACUCUGGCAGACGCGGGAGAGAAGCAGACGCAUAUUCUUUUCGGAGCGAUGGGCCAAACAGUUGUACGUACUGUCGAGGAGAGGGAGAGGGAAGCACAGAAGAGAGUCGAGGUUAGGAAGAUGAUCGCAGAGCGUAGAAAGAUGGCGGAGGAGAGGAGACGCGAAGAGAGAAGGAAGAUCGAGGAGAAGAGGAAGUCGGACGAGACGUUGAGGAGGACCAUGCUCAGGACGAUGAAGGAUGGGCCUAAAGCAAAGGUUGGCGUCGAGCCGAAGAAGGAUCAAGGGAAGGAGGAGAGACUGGGUAGAAUUGGCGAUGGAGUACCUCUGACGCCGUUCACAGAGUUUCAGUGGCCUAUAGGUGGACCGCAUAUCGCCUCGACGAAGAUUGAUGGAUCUGCGGGGGUGGGCUUCACGGGUAGUAUGAAGCCAUUACCAGGAGUGCCCAGGAAGGAGAAGAUACGGAGCGUUCUGCAGAGACUACAGCCGGAGCGAUUUCGGGAGAGCGCCGGGAAGAUCGAAGAGGUCGGUGGUCGGACUAUCGAAGAAAGGGCAGGUUCUUUUGUCAGGUAUUUGAACGGUAUGCUCCAUAGAGUGAUGGUAUAGAAUGGUUGUGUGUAGAAUGGGUACGAUAUUGCUUCCGCUCUCCUGUUUGUUUAUCGUCGUUGCGCUGGCUUUUGACGAGGAGUGUUCUGUCAGGUGUGGAGGUAGUUUCAUAGCACAGGUGCUUGUCAUUCACUUAUUCCUGAU